AUGCCCCGUAGCCGGGACGAAAUGCAAGUAAACGUGGCGGGCCUAAGGAGGAAUAUUAAAAAUCUCGCGCACAACUAUUCCGAUGCCCAGGUUAAAGUGCGCGAGGCAACGUCCAACGACCCAUGGGGCCCAUCCAGCACGCUGAUGGCGGAGAUCGCCGACCUCACGUACAACGUGAUGGCGUUCACGGAGAUAAUGCAGAUGAUAUGGAAGCGGCUCAACGACCACGGCAAGAACUGGCGGCACGUGUACAAGGCGCUCGUGCUGAUGGAGUACCUCAUAAAAACCGGCAGCGAGAAGGUGGCGAUGCAGUGCAAGGAGAAUAUAUUCGCCAUUCACACACUGAAAGACUUCCAGUACAUGGAGGAGGGGAAGGAUCAAGGUCUUAACGUGCGCGAGAAGGCGAAGCAGCUGGUCAACCUUCUGAAGGACGAGGAGCGUCUGAAGAACGAGCGCGCCCGCGCGCUUAAAGCGAAACAGCGCUUCGCUCAGGGCGCCAGCGCUUUCGGGAGCGACGCCGCGCUGGACUCACCGUCCAGCCCCACUUACCCAGCGCUGAACAGCUCGGGCGGGGGCGGUGCGGAGUGGGGCGGGCGGGAGUCGGAGCUCGCGCGGCCGCUCACCGCCGGCGAGGAGGAGCUGCAGCUGCAGCUGGCGCUGGCGAUGUCGCGCGAGGAGGCCGAGCGCGAGGAGAGGAGGAGGCGCUCGGACGACGUGCGCCUGCAGCUCGCCAUCAGCCAGUCGCAGCACGACCUGCAGAGCGGCGUGGUGGAGAAGAAGCCGGAGUCGCAGCAGUCGCACCUCCUCGACCUGCUGGACGUGAAUCUGAGCCCUAGCGCGGCCGCGCCCGCCCCCGCGCCGCUGGACCCCUGGGGGCUGCCCUCGCCCCAGCACAACAGCCGCCAGUCACUGAAUUUGGACGUGAGCAUAUUUUCCGAUUCGAUGGACACUUCUCCGGACGCGUGGUCUGCGGUGGGCAGCCCGCCGCCGGAGCCCUGGCCCGCGCGAGCCCCGGCCGACCCCUGGGCCCCUCUGCACCAGAGCAAGUCGGUGUCUGCGGUGUCUGCGGUGUCGGGGCUGGGCGCGGGCGCGGUGUCGCCGGUGUCUGCGGUGUCGGCGCUCUCGUCGCCCAGCUCGGGCGAGCUGCAGCAGUUCGACGCGCUCUCGCAGCGGCCGCGCGCCAACCACAACCACGACGCGGACCCCUUCGACCUCUCGCUCCUCGGCGACAACCUGAGCACGCAGCCCGGCGGCGCCAAGAAGUCGCCCUCCGCCUUCCUGGGCGAGAACUCGGCGCUGGUGAACCUGGAGCGGCUGCUGCAGCCGGCGGCGGAGCCCCCCGCGCCCAACCCCUUCGCGGCGGAGCCCCACGCCCACCACGCGCCGCCCCCGGCGCGGCUGACGAUAAACGAGCUGAAGCAGCAGCAGAUGGGCCUCGGGGGGGCGCUGGCUUUCCCGCCUUCCGCCCCCGCCCCCGCCUUGGGCGCCCCGCCCGCCGUUGCGGCCCCGGGCCCCAUCGCGGCGGACCCCUGGGCGCCCGCGGCGGCGCGCUCCGCCUCGCCCUGGUCGCCGCCGCCCCAGCGCCACACGCCCAACCCCUUCCUCUCC